AUGGAAAGAGUGCGAUGUCCCUGGAUUCAACCCAGGCAUUCUGUCAAGCCCCAGGAAGACCUGGCCUCCCUCCGUACCUGGAAAACUACGAAUCCCCCUGAUCGCAAAUCUAUUAAAGCAGAAGUGGGCGUGGACAUCAACCAGUGCAAGUGGAAUCCCAAGAACGUCCGCUUGUUGGAUGCAGGUGUCAUCUAUGCCCUUUUGACCUUGCCUGCGGAUUAUCGCAUCCAACACCUAGCCUACGACUUUGACGACCGAGGGGAUGUACGCAAAGAACGAGUCCCGAAAUCACCCACUGUUGUCUUCUACCAGGACAAUCAGCGGACGCUUGUCGCGUGGAAAGGUGUAUAUGUCUUCACGGGGGGAUACAAUGAUGCUGGAUGGUUGCUGGCUGACAGGUACCCCACAGGUGGACAGCCAUUUUUUCAAGCUGGUCUGGUGGUCGCAUCGUCCCAUGUGAAGACUUUUGAUGUCCUCAAUGUCCAGUUGCUCGAGUAUGAACCAAAAAGGAUAUUUCUCCGCCAUUCUAAUUUGAUGGAGAAUCUAUGGAUACUUGCUUACCGGUGCUACGGGAUCUUAUUCAGGGGUUGCAGUGAUGUUUCGGGAUACUGUCUUGUGCUUGCAGGGCAGAGCGUAUCUGGAUACCAGAAGAUGGGUCUUCUCUUUGGCUUCAACGUCUUGAUUGGUCCCGGCGCCGACGCCACCAACACAAAUGAAGCAAUUCAACGGGACCAAUGGCUUUCCACGGCCUGGAAGAAGAAGUUGUCCCCAGAUGCCGAAUUCAAAACCAAUGAUUUUAUCAACGUCAUUGGAACUAAGUGGGGGGAUAUGCCGAUUCACACAAACAAAACCUGCCGCAAGCGCAAAAAGCCAGACAGCGGUAAUGAAAUUCAAGAUUCGCUCCCAAUCUCUUUGCACUCAUCACCGGCUAGGACGGAAACGGUAAUUGGGAUAAGCCAUGACCGACCAGUUCGCGAUUCCGACAACUCGCUUACUUUCAAAACACUUUGGACCGAUCUGACAGCCGUUGAAUCGCCUCCCAAAUAUUGGGAGCUCUUCACGGCAGUCGGUACAAUGGAAAAUAUGUAUCAGAGGUGGCGGCACAACCAUAUGGCUGUUAAAAUGGUCCAACACAAUAUUUCACCAUCUGAAGCCACUGUUAUCCGAGACCUUAUUCAAACCUUGAGCCCAAGACUUAGUUUUUUGAUUCUAGGCAUUGAGGUGGACAAAGAUCGCAUUGCUCUUGAAAAUGCCUUGAGCUACAAUUCAGCUAUGGUCUUGUUUCAGCAGCAGGUGAAUGUCCUUGAGGGAGGCCUCGUCAAACGGGCCUACAUGAACUUUUACUCCUACUUUCGGACACUCGCUCUCUGCAGCCCCGAGAUCACACAGCCGUUUAUUAAGUUGGAACAGCAAGAGGAAGGUGACAGUGGUCCUCAGCAGUACACCGGGAUCCAAGGGAUGAAUUUUUAG